GAGUGGACUGGGGCGGGAGUGUGAGCAGGUCGUGUCUUUAAGAGAAAGUCUGUGGAUGUAAACAAGCGUAAUUGCUAAUUUUAUUUCUAAACAAUUAAAAUAUGGACAUUCUCUGGAGGUAAGCUGGUACUAUCGGGGAACAACCAAGCUACCUGAUUAAAGAACGGAGGCGUAUUCUUAUGCUACAAGUCAAAUAGUUGCAGUUGUACCGCUACAUACUGCUGUUCCGACGGCUGAGUGUUCGCUGGUUGACUGGCUAGCCUUCUAGGGGAGAGUUAGCUGGCUAGCUAGUUGGUUAGUGUUUUGGAGCGUUCGCUCUCUCUACUUUCUCAUAACCAUGGCUUCAGCGGGAAGAGCGAAAGCAUUGUAUGACUUCAAUUCAGAAAACCCUGGGGAGAUAUCAAUGCGGGAGAAUGAAAUCAUAUUUUUGCACAGUGAACAAGACAUUGAAGGAUGGUUGGAGGGCUCGAACAGCAGAGGGGAAAGGGGUCUCGUCCCCGCGUCCUAUGUAGAAAUGAUCAAAAACGACACGGCAUCAAACAGCACAUCUGGAGAUGCAUACCAAGGUCCUCGUUAUUCCAACGUUCCCUCAGUUGUGUCUGACGCGUCCUACAAACCCAACAACCAAGUCGAAAACUUUCCACCGCCGCCAGCCCCAGCUUUGUCAAGUUUCCCUGGUCCAGCUCAACCACCGCAGCAGCAGCACACCUAUCAGGCAAGCCAGGGUAGCGACGACGACUGGGAUGAUGACUGGGAUGACAGCUCAACCGUGGCUGAUGAGCCAGGUGGUGUCAGUGGACGUUAUCGUGAUUUUGAGGGCAACGGACCCUCAACCUACAGCAUAUCCACGGCGUCCAUGCCGCGGGGAGGAAACGCACAGCAAGCAAAGAGCGCCACCGUCAGCAGAAACCUGAACAGGUUCUCGACGUUUGUGAAGUCUGGAGGCGAGGCGUUCGUGCUGGGGCAAGCGUCUGGCUUCGUGAAAGACGGAGACAAGAUAUGCGUAAUAAUGGGACAGUAUGGCCCGGAGUGGCAAGAGAACCCCUACCCCUUUAGCUGCACAAUUGACGACCCAACGAAGCAAACCAAAUUCAAGGGCAUGAAGAGCUACAUUGCUUACAAACUGACACCCACUCACACACAGAACCAAGUGAGCAGGAGAUACAAGCAUUUUGACUGGCUCUACGCCAGACUGGUGGAGAAGUUCCCUGUCAUCUCAGUUCCUCACAUUCCAGAGAAACAGGCCACUGGGCGCUUUGAGGAGGACUUCAUCUCCAAGAGGCGGAAAGGCCUCAUAUGGUGGAUGAACCACAUGACCAGCCACCCAGUGCUGUCCAAGUGCGACGUCUUCCAGCAUUUCCUCGCCUGCACCGACGAGAAGGCCUGGAAGCAGGGGAAGCGGAAGGCUGAGAAGGACGAGAUGGUGGGAGCCAACUUCUUCCUGACCAUCAGCACCUUGGCGGCCCCGCUGGACCUACAGGAGGUGGAGAGCAAGGCCGAUGGCUUCAAGGUGUUCACCAAAAAGAUGGACGACAGUGUACUCCACGUCAACGCCACCCUCAACGAGUUCGCCCGCAAGCAGAUAGCAGGGUUCAAGAAAGAAUAUCAGAAAGUGGGACAGUCAUUCAAAUCACUGAGUCAAGCGUUUGAACUUGACCAACAGACAUACUCGGUGGGGCUGAACCAAGCCAUUGCCUACACAGGUGAGGCUUAUGAGGCAGUCGGAGACUACUUUGCCGAGCAGCCAAAGCAUGAUGUGGACCCAGUGAUGGAUUUGUUAGCACUCUACCAGGGACACCUGGCCAACUACCCUGACAUCAUUCAUGUUCAGAAAGGUGCGCUGACGAAGGUGAAGGACAGCCAGAAACACGUGGAGGAGGGCAAGAUGGAGGCGGCGCAGGCGGACGGCGUGCGGGAUCGCUGCAACGUCAUCUCGUUCGCCACCAUGGCCGAGAUCCAGCACUUCCACCACAUCCGCGUGCGCGACUUCAAGGCCCAGAUGCAGCACUACCUGCGCGAGCAGAUCGGCUUCUUCCAGAAGAUCACCGGCAAGCUGGAGGACGCCCUGCAAAUGUACGACAAGGCUUAAGCCGCCGGAUGAGACCCCCACCUCCCUCCCCACGACACACUCCUCCUGCAACACCCCCUAACCCUCACGGCCAACCUCAAUCUGCGACCUUGUGACCUCUUACUGCUGAUGUGUGUCCAGGGAUGAACCUCGUAGAGAGCUCAAAGUUUGUGUUGAAGCCCAGCCAGCUAAGGCAAGAGAGAGAGAGAGAGAGAGAGAGAGAGAGAGUGGGUGAGCAAGCAUGUUACCCAGCUAGCUCCGUUCUUUCCUCAGCAAUACAAUGGACGGAACCAUGAGGUCUUGGUGAACACUUCCAUCCUCUGAUUGCAAGGCACAUUCCAGAGAGGGAGAGAGAGCGAAAACAAAGCUUUUGGAAUGUUGCCGUUUGGCCAGACUGGCAUGAAAUAAGUCUGUUAAAAGAAAAAAAAAAGCCAGCCUUCAAAAGGUAGGGUAAACUGUUGCUUAGCAGUGUGACCUUUCACCCUAAAGUAGAGGAGUCAGAAUGAUCAUUUCCUGUUCAGGAGGAGGAGGAGGUGUGUGGAUCUUUUUGAGUGAAAGCAGCCACUGUGUGCCGGACUGCCCACAUGCAUGUGAGUGUGUGUGUGUGUGUGUGUGUGUGUGUAAGUGAAAAAACAGAAGGAAGUGCGACACUCUCUCAGCCCAUCAGAUGAGUGGGGAGAACAUACGUGAUGGUGGGUCACUACCUGCAGUUCUGCAUUUGGGAGAGGCAGUCUUAUUUGGUGAAAGCAACAAACUAAUCUUCAAAAGACAAAAAAAACGUACACAAAGAUUGCUUGCUAUUCUAAUGUAACAAACUCUGGCCUUAUCACUCUGUUGAAAUGUAAGAUUUUAAAGAUUUAUAUAUGUAUGGCGUGCGGCCGUUGUGGGGUGAAGCUGCCCCCCUCCUCUAAGUCAAGCAAACUAGAACAAAUGUUUACAGAGCCUUUGCAGAGCAGCUGCCAUCAUUGUGUUGUGCCUUUCAACUAUGUACUUUUUUAGUAUUUUUCUAAUUUCUAUUAAAAAAUUAAAAGACAAAUACAAAAUAAGUUUAUGUGUAAAUAUUAUAUAUAUAUAUAAUAUAGUCUCACAGACAUGUUUUUACGAAGCCUAAUUUUACAGUCUCUUUCAAAACAGAUGGCCACUACUAAGUAUGUGCCUGGCCUAGGCUGUGUGUGAGCGCAAUGCUUUGGGGUGGUGGGGGGGGUCUGUGGUGGAGGUGAGGGUGAGUGGAGGGGAGGAGGAGAUGAACUAUGUUGAUUGGCGAUGCCCUUCUGUGGUGCUUUGGACAAGUUUUCCCAGGAUACGUCAUACUACUUAGAGCGCACCAUUAGAGGUGGUG